AUGUCGGAUUCAAAUUUACAAAAGGAAAACUCAUUGGACGAAAGACAAAAACGAGUAGCAUUGUCUACAUCACAACGAAAAGAGGAUUUAAAUGGAUCACCUCCGAGUGAAAGGAACUGGAGAGGAAUUUUAAUAGCACUUCUCGUCAUUAUUGCCGUUUUAGGUUUGAUUAUAUGCUCCAUUUUCCUUUUAUCCCCACCAGAUGAAGAGCCAAGGGUGCGGGGUAAACUUAUUUCUUUCGAUAAUAUCGUUCAAAAUAAAUAUAAGCCACGUUUUUUUAAUGGAAGUUGGAUAUCGGAAUUGGAAAUGGUAUAUAGAGACGAAUAUGGAAAUGUUAAAAUGUUAUGCGUUGAAAAUUUUACAACUAAAUCACUUAUAACAAAUACGACAUUUGAAUUGGUUAAUGCCGUAGAUUAUAAAGUUUCAGCCGAUUUGAAUUAUAUUUUAUUGAUAACAAACGCGAUAAGGAUUUGGAAAUAUUCUUUUAGAGCUAAAUAUUAUGUUUAUGAAAUUGCAACCGAAGAAUAUUUUCCAUUGAAAGCAUCUCAAGAAUAUAGCGAUUCCGAUGAUUUUCCAUUCUUAGAAUCUGCCACUUGGGCUCCAACGGGAAAUGCAAUUGUUUUUGUCCAAGAAAAUAAUUUAUAUUACAAAGCACGAAUUCGUAAGCCCCAGGUAUAUACAAUAACAAGAGACGGAAUGAAAAAUAUAAUUUUUAAUGGAAGACCUGAUUUCUUUUAUGAAACAAAAGUUCUACAAUCAGGAACAGCUUUUUGGUUUUCUUCAGAUUCAACAAUGUUAGCUUUUGCAAGUUUUAACGUAACGGAUGUUGAAAAAUUGCAUUAUUCACAAUAUGGUACUACGAAAUAUGGAGAAAUUAAAACGAUAAAUUAUCCAAGGACAGGAACGGAAAAUCCAAAAGUAAAAUUAACAGUGGUAAAUAUGACUUACCCUAAAAUAUUAAAGACUACAAUAGUUCAACCCCCAUCGAUCUACGUCAAAAACAACGAUUAUUACCUAACUGGAGUUAAAUGGAUAGAUUCUAAAAGAAUUUCUGUUACUUGGAUGAAUCGAAAACAAAAUAUAACUUCAAUAAGUAUUUGUAAAGCUCCGCAGUGGAUGUGCACCGACAUUUAUCAAGAUUUCGGUAAAGAAAGUUGGGUUAAUAAAAUAGAAGAUCCGAUAUUUGACAAUAAUGGUACUUGGUUUCUUGCCAUAUUACCAUUGCAAGGAAGCAACGGUGGAAGAUUUCAAGAACUUUGUCAAGUAGACAGCGCUAGCAGAAAAUUUAUUUAUUUGACUACUCCUCCGAUGAUUGUAAAAAAAAUUUUAGCCUGGGAUAUGCGAAACCAUGUCGUAUAUUUUAUAGCAGUUUUAGAGCCUGGAAGCCGUCAUUUAUUUAAAACUGGAGACAGGCAUUCAUCUCAUAGAUCUUGGGAUUGUUUAACAUGUUUUUACGGGAACAGAACAUCUUUUUACAAUAAAAAAAUUUACAAUAAUAUAUCUGUGAUAAAUGGAUUUUACAAAAAUUUUUUAGUUAACGUUACGUUAAGUGAAGACGAUUCAAAUUUUCAAUGCCUGUAUUCUAACGUCUAUUUUAAUUCCGUUUACAAUCCAAAAUAUUACGUUUUAGAUUGUCUUGGUCCCGAAGUUCCGAGCGUUUUUAUUUUUGAUGUUUCAACAAAUUCCAUGUUAGCCGUAUUAGAUGCCAAUUCGGAGCUUAGAAGUAUUUUUCAAGCUAUGGCCGUCCCACAAAUAAGAAAGUUUCAGGUUGAAUUAGAAAGCGGUUAUCAUGCACAAGUUAAACUUUUGUUACCGCCAGGUUUGAGAGAAUAUGAAGAUAUUAGUUUUCCAUUAAUUCUUAAUGUAGAUUCUUCUCCUGGAUCUCAACUCAUCACGGAAGAAUUUAAGAUCGAUUGGUGGUGGUACCUCUCAAGUUGUAAAAAUAUAAUUAUUGCAGAAAUAGAUGGUAGAAGUUCCGACUUUCAAGGAGAUAAAAUUAUUCACAGAAUAAAUAAUAAAAUUGGUGCAGUAGAAGUCGAAGAUCAAAUAGCAGUAGUCACAUAUCUUAGAGAUACAUUAAAAUUUAUUGACAAAAAUCGAAUGGGGGUUUUUGGAAAAGGUCAGGGUGGGUAUUUAGCAGGAAUGAUCAUAGGUCAAGACAAAGAUCUUUUUCGGUGCGGCGUAUUAGUAAACCCGAUAACUAAUUUUUUACUCGCAGAUACGUAUACCAGUGAAAAAUACAUGGGUCAUCCGAACGAUUCGGAAAAAUAUAAAAAUUACGAAGAGAGCGAUUUGAAUAAAAAAAUAGAAAGUUUUAAGGGAAAACAAUUUUUGUUGAUUAGCAGUUUAGCGGAUACAGAGGUUCCAGUUGAACACAGCAUGGUAUUUGUCCAAAAUUUGAUCAAAGAGAAUAUAAUUUUUAGGCAUCAGGUUUAUCCCGAUGAGGAUCACGAUUUGACUGGAGUUUCACUGCAUUACUACAAUCUGAUAGAGACUUUUUGGAACGAUGUUUCACUUCGACGUCAAACAAUCAGAGUGGGAAGAAAUGGGGAGCUUUAA